AAAGCAACACGGGAAUUAAUCGGUCGAGAGCACUCGAGAGUUUAAAAACCAUUUGUAAUACUAUGGUAAUACCCAACCACCCAAGCUCCUUGUGGCAUAUACCUUCACCGUUUUUCGACAGCAAUAACAGGGGAAAUUUUGCUAGUCGUUUCAAUGGCAAGCGGCCCAACUAAACGUAAUCUCUCAAGUGAGGAAGAACUGCCAACACAAGCUGCACUGUACAUGACAGCAAGUUCUAGUGUCGAAAGCACAGACAUUCCAACCAUGGAAAUGUGUUCGUCUGCUGGCAGCGACCACGACUUGGAAAUCAGGCAGCCAUUAAAGAAGCGUAGGCAUGAUUGGGUGAAGUUUCAUGGGCCACCUACUCUGGGAGCUCAUGCAGCUACAGAGGCAGUUGACGGACAGCCGGCUAAUGAUGAACCAUUACCAAAAAAGUUUGCACAUGCAGAUACUGGCCAAGGCGACCCAUCGGACGUAGAUCAUAUGUAUAACAAUGUGGCAAGGAACAUGAUGGCGAGAAUGGGUUGGGAAAAGGGUAAAGGCCUUGGGAAAGAGAAGCAAGGCAGAGUCAGCAUAGUGGAGGCAUCUAUGCAGAGAGGUCGACGUGGUCUGGGAAACAGGAUUGAUGGCUUGGAACCCAGCAACAGUGUCAUGUGGCAGGAUGAAGAG